AUGAUAGGUGCUUCAACAAGCUCACAGGGAUUUAAUCGGGAGGGCAGGUAUGUGUCCGAUGAGUCUAGUGAUACAAAUGCUAUGAUAUAUGGGGGUCAGGACGCCAAACCCGGUGAUAACCCGCACAUGUGUUCCCUACGAGAAAAUGGUCGACACGCGUGCGGCGCCUCUAUUAUCGGCGAUCAAUGGGUGGUAACCGCCGCCCACUGUGUACUCAAAUACGGCACACAUAUUGUCGACCAGAUAAUUUAUAAUAAAUACGACUGGAAAGGACCCAAUGAUAUUGCGUUGAUAAAAAUUAACGGCAAAUUUGAGCUUGGUACUAAAUAUAUCAACAAAAUAGCAAUCGCUGGUCAAGACACUGAUGUAGCACCGGGAUCUAUUGUUAAGACAAUAGGUUGGGGUCUAAGCAGUCCCACAACAUUCCCCGAAAUAUUACAGACACUGGAUGUGCCGGUUGUUAAGCGAGAUGAUUGUCAAUCCGUAUAUAAAAUUAAUCCUGAUAAUUUUACCGUCGAUGAGACCAGUAUAUGCGCCGGUGGUGGGGGACGGGAGCCCUGCUCUAUGGAUUCCGGGUCACCCCUAACAUUCAACAAUACACUAGUAGGCCUAACCUCAUGGGGUAAACCUUGUGGUCAUCCAGGCUUUCCCACUGUGUUUACACGUGUGGCUAAAUUCAGGGAUUGGAUUCGUGAACACACAAGCAUUUAGUGGAAAAUUGGUAAAUGGUCAAUUUUACAUAAUAAAAUUAUUUUUAUAAAUUAAAACCUAUUAACUAUAAAAUAAAUGUUAACAUUUAUAUGGC